AUGUCGAACACAACAUUCUCGCUAUGGAUCAUUAACAAAGCAGGCGGAUUGAUCUAUCAGAAGACCUACAGUGAAGGUCUUUUACCAAACCUGAGUUCAAAUGAUUACUUGAUCUUAGCUGGAACUUUUCAUGGAAUACACGCGAUCACCUCAAAAUUAUCACCUGUCCAUCCAGCUGGAUCUGGUCUACAAUUCCUUGAAGCUGAAACGUUCAAAGUUUCAUGUCUUCAAACUCUGACCGGUACUAAAUUCGUCAUCUUCACAUCUCCGUCACACCCAUCUCCUAACAAAUUGUUAAAAAAGGUUUAUGAAGCUUAUGGUGAACUAUUGAAAGAUCCAUUCUAUGUGGUAGAAAAUCCGAUUAGAAAUGAAGCUUUUGAUUUAAAAACCAAAUCGAUAUGUACAACAACUUGA